AUGGAUGACAAAUCUCGUUGCCACAUACGCAAGAGCAGCCUAGUCGGCAUGUUACACAAGUCAAAUAAUCGGGAGUUUUUUAACAGUGCUUACAGCAAAAUGAUGAAGCUGCAGACUUAUGCUGGACUCAGUGUGAUUGCCACACUGGCUGUCAUCUAUCAUGCCUUUAGUAGUCGAGGACAGUUCUAUCCAGCAACAGUCUAUCUUUCUACCUCCAAAGUCUGUUUAGUGCUUCUUCUCAACAUGGGUUUGGUGAUCAUGUGCAUUAUGUGGCAGCUAACAAAACGAAUCUUUCUUGGUUCUCUUCGAGAAGCAGAGAUUGAGAGGCUGAAUGAGCAAUCAUGGAGAGAAGUUAUGGAAAUCCUUUUUGCCAUCACUAUAUUCCGCCAGGACUUCUCUGUUAUGUUUCUUGCCAUGGUUACUGCUCUUUUACUUAUCAAGUCUUUGCAUUGGUUGGCUCAAAAGAGAGUUGAAUACAUUGAAACAACUCCAACUGUUCCCAUGUUGUCUCACAUCCGGAUUGUUUCUUUCAUGGGAUUCCUUCUCCUUGUAGACUCUCUUUUUCUAUAUAACUCAGUGAAGUAUUUGAUACAAACCCGACAAGCUUCAGUUUCUCUUUUCUUUUCAUUCGAGUACAUGAUAUUGGCUACAACAACAAUAUCUACAUUUGUGAAAUACGUUUUCUAUGUGAGUGACAUGCUUAUGGAAGGACAAUGGGAGAAAAAAGCUGUGUACACAUUCUAUUUGGAGCUUAUUCGCGACUUGCUACACUUAUCUCUGUAUCUCGGCUUUUUCCUUGUAAUCUUUGUUAACUAUGGUGUGCCACUGCACUUGAUCCGGGAGCUAUACGAGACAUUCAGAAACUUCAAACUGAGAAUUGCUGAUUACAUUCGUUAUCGAAAGAUCACAUCAAAUAUGAAUGAUCGGUUUCCAGAUGCAACACCUGAAGAGUUGAACGCAAGUGAUGCAACCUGCAUUAUCUGUAGAGAGGAGAUGACUACAGCAAAAAGACUAGUCUGUGGGCAUCUUUUCCAUGUACACUGCCUCAGGUCUUGGUUGGAGAGACAACAUACAUGUCCCAUUUGCAGAGCACUUGUUAUACCAAAUGAGAGUGGGACAACCACAACAAGGUCUCGACCUGGAGCUCAUCGUCAAGGAGCGAACUCAGCUACUACAUCAUCUCAAGAACGAACUGGUGAUGGUGCAGAAAGUGGGAAUAUCAGCAGGCAUCAAAAGAGAGUCCAAGCAGCAGCAGCAGCCGCCUCAAUAUAUCAAAAAUCUUUUGUUUACCCUUCUCCAAGCUCUUUACCAUGGUCAUCUGGAUAUGGUGUGCUUCCGAACAAUUCCACACCUGGAAACAAUAUUGGUGAAAAUGACAAUUCAGUUGGAAACUUGCCAUCUUUUCAGUUCCCACAUUCGGGUUUCAUGCCGGUUCAUGCCCCUGGUGGGAGUCCUAACCAUGAGCUGCAGGUGUCCGUGUCUCAACUUGAGGCCCAGAAAAAAAUAAUUCAGCAUCAGAUUGAGGUGUUGCAAAAUCAGCUUGAGCGCUUACAGAAGCCAGCAUCUGCAUCUGAGAAAAGCCCAGUCACAGAAUCCACCAGCAGCAGCGGCGGCGGUGGCGGCAGCUGGACGGUGGCUGCUUCUGAUAGCAAAGGGAAGGCGGUUUCAUCAUCAUCAUCAUCGUCGUCUAUGGUGGUUUCUGGUGGUGUGGCUGAUAAUCGAGAUGAAGGGAGCUUUACACCAUUGUAGAUGCAGGAAGUAUUAUUGUGGAUAUGAUAUUAUAGAGAGGGGAAAAGGAACAAUAGAUUUUGUUGCAACAGCAUUAUUAGAUUUUGUUUUUUGUUUUUGUUUCUGUAUGUGU